AUGAACUUUACAGUAACUGCAACCAAUCAAGGAAACGACCAACUUGAACUUACUUGGUCCGACGGAAAAACUUCCAAAUAUCACUAUAUUUGGCUCCGCGACAAUUGCCAUUGUUCAACAUGUUACUUUCCUACAACUAAACAAAAACUUGCCAGUGCUGCAACUAUCGACGAUCACAUUGCACCCAAGAACGUCACCGUGGGCAACUCUGAUAUUGACAUUGUAUGGAAUCAAGAAGAUCAUUUAUCAACUUAUGAUUUCCAUUGGUUAAGAGUUCACUCCUAUAAUCCACGUUUAAUUCCAUUACUGAAGAAAUUAAAAGGAGAAACCGAGCUAUUAAGCCGCCAGUUAUGGCAAGUGGCCGAUAUUGAGAAUGACUUGCCUCAAGUUGAGUACUCCAAUGUCAUGAAUUCUUCUGAAGAAACCGAUAAUGAAGAGGCUAUUAAGGAUUGGAGUUUGAAACUCUGGAAAUAUGGAUUCUGUUUAAUCAAUAAUGUUCCAGUGACCCCUGAAGACACUGAAAAAUUAUGUGAACAAUUGAAUUAUAUAAGACCAACCCAUUAUGGGGGAUUUUGGGAUUUCACUUCUGAUUUGGCCAAGGCUGAUACCGCAUACACAAACUUCGAUAUUAGUUCUCAUACUGAUGGAACUUAUUGGUCUAAUUCUCCAGGAUUACAAUUAUUCCAUCUCUUGUUCCAUGACGGUACUGGAGGUACAACUUCAUUAGUGGACGCAUUCAAAUGUUCCCAGAUCUUGAAAGAAGAAUAUCCUGACAGCUAUGAAUUACUCUGCCGGAUCCCCGUCCCUGCUCAUUCUGCCGGUGAAGAAAAGGUUUGCAUUCAACCAGAUGUCCCUCAACCAGUGUUUAAACUCGACAGUCAAGGUAAUUUAGUCCAGGUGAGAUGGAAUCAAAGUGAUAGAUCAACCAUGGAUAACUGGGAUAAUCCUGAUGAUGUUCCUCGUUUCUAUAAGGCUAUCAAAGAUUGGGUCCGCAUUAUCAGUGAUCCAAAGAAUGAAUUUUGGUAUCAAAUGAAACCUGGCCAAUGUUUGAUUUUCGAUAAUUGGAGAGUGUUCCAUUCUAGAAGCGAAUUCACAGGCAAGAGAAGAUUGUGUGGUGCAUAUUUAGAACGUGAUGAUUUUGUUUCCAGAUUGAAAUUGUUGGUAUUAGGAAGAGAAGCAGUAUUAGAUUCGAUCUAG